GGCCGAUGUUUGGUCCCUAUUCUUUCAUUAGUGUAAUGGAUGGUAGGGAAGAGAAGGAUGAUUCUGAGCGUAGUUGGAGAAACAUGGUUGAGGUUUCUAUUGUGAUGAAAAUACUGAAGAAUUUAUACAAAGCAUGGGUUGGCACUGGCUCCAACAGAAUUACCACAUUGGUAUAAUAUCUCCUUAUGCUGCUCAAGUAGUAGCAAUUCAAGAAAGACUUGGACAGAAGUUUAAUGCUCUUGAUGGAUUUACAGUAAAGGUCAAGUCAGUAGAUGGGUUCCAGGGUGGGGAAGAGGACCUAAUUAUAAUAUCGACUGUAAGGUCUAAUACUCAUGCAUCGAUUGGGUUCACAUCGAAUCUAAAGAGAACUAAUGUUGCUCUUACAAGGGCUAGGCACUGUCUAUGGAUAUUGGGAAAUGACAGAACGCUAGUGAAUAGUGGAUCUGUUUGGAAAACCUUGGUCCUUGAUGCUAAGAAUCGUCAAUGUUUCUUUUACGCUGAUCAGGACAAGGAUUUGGCUAAAACAAUUUUAGACGUGAAGAAAGAAUUUGAACAGUUUGAUGAUUUACUUAAUCCUAAUAGCAUACUUUUUAGAAAUGCUAUGUGGAAGGUUCUUUUUAGUGAUAACUUUUUGAAAUCAUUUCAAAAAUUGAAGUGUGUCCGGAGAAAGAAGUCAGUUAUAACCCUUUUACUUAAAAUUUCCAGUGGCUGGAGACCCAAAAAGUUGAGCAUAGUUUGUAAAAGUUCUUCACAGAUCUUAAAGCAAUUUAAGGUUGAAGGUCUUUAUAUUGUUUGUGCAAAUGACAUAGUAAAGGAAUGGAGUGACAUUGAAAAGGAAUUGAGGUACUAUCAAGCUUUGAAGAUCUGGGAUAUAGUACCUAUAGAGGAUAUUCCAAAAUUAGUGAAACGUCUUGAUAGUAUGUUCAGAAAAUAUACAGAUGACUUUAUUAAUCGCUGCCAAGAGAAAUGUCUUGAGGGGGGUUUGGAAAUUCCAAAGAGUUGGUCAAUCUCUUUUGAUAUUGUCCGGAUUAAGAAACUUGAUAACCAUGAAAAUGGGAUUGAUCUAAGUGGUUGUGCUACUGAUGGUAGAAGUUAUGUUGAGAAUGCUAGAGUGAGUGAGAGUCUUAUGCUGAUGAAAUUCUACUCCUUAUCAUCAAGCGUAGUGCCCCACUUGCUUUCUAACCAUGAUGGUGGUGAAUUGGAUCUACCGUUUGAAGUAUCUGACCAAGAGCUAGAGAUAAUCCUUUUUCCUAGAAGUACAUUUGUACUAGGGCGGUCAGGUACUGGGAAAACUACUGUUUUGACUAUAAAGUUAUUUCAGAAAGAAAAACUGCACCAUAUGGCAAGGGAGUUAUUGUAUGAGGAAAAGGAGGUUGAGGAGACCACUGCUGGGAUGAAGGAAAAUGUAUUGCACCAACUUUUUGUGACAGUGAGUCCUAAACUGUGUUAUGCUGUAAAACAAGAAGUUUCUCGUUUGAAAAGCUUUUCCUGUGGUGGUAAUUCUUCAAAAGGAAGUAGUUUAAUUGAUAUGGAUGAUUUUGACGAUGCCUCUCAAUUCAAGGAUAUCCCAGAUUCUUUUGUUGAUGUUCCUCCCCUGUCAUAUCCUCUUGUCAUAACAUUUCACCAAUUUCUGAUAAUGCUUGAUGGAACUGUGGGUAAUUCAUACUUUGAAAGAUUCCAUGAAGCAAGGAAACAUUCUAAUGGUCCAAUAAGUGGUAGUUCAGUUUCCUUACAGAGCUUUAUAAGGAUGAAAGAAGUUAAUUAUGAAAGGUUUAGUACAGCAUACUGGCCCCGUUUCAAUACCCAGCUAACUAAGAAGCUCGACUCUUCUAGAGUUUUCACAGAGAUUAUUUCCCAUAUAAAAGGUGGCCCGCAAGCUGCAGAGGCAGGUGAUGGUAAACUCAGUCGUGAGGACUAUGUUCUACUAUCAGAGGGCCGGGUUUCUCGUCUAUGUAGACAGGAGAGAAAGAUAAUAUAUGAAAUCUUUGAAAAUUAUGAAAAAAUGAAGAAACAAAAUGGUGAGUUUGAUUUUUCUGAUCUUGUAAUUGAUCUUCAUCGUCGAUUAAGAGUUGAAAGAUACAGUGGCGAUGAAAUGCAUUUUGUAUAUGUGGAUGAGGCGCAGGAUCUUACAUUAAGCCAAAUUGCUUUAUUCAAAUAUAUUUGUAAAAAUGUUGAAGAGGGUUUUGUUUUCUCUGGUGAUACUGCUCAGACGAUUGCGAAGGGAAUUGACUUUAGAUUCCAAGAUAUAAGAUCUCUAUUCUACAAUAAGUUUGUGCUGGAAUCAAAAAGCAGUGGACAAGAUGGAAGAAAAGAGAAAGGUAUAAUCUCAGAGAUCUUCCAUUUGAACCAAAACUUCCGUACUCAUGAUGGAGUUCUUAAGCUAUCACAGAGUGUGAUUGAACUUAUUUAUCAUUUCUUUCCUCAAUCUACUGAUAAUUUGCCUCCUGAGACUAGUCUUGUAUAUGGUGAAGCUCCCAUUCUGCUUGAAUCAGGGAACAACGAAAACGCUAUCAUAACUAUUUUUGGCAAUAGUGGAAAUGAUAGAGGAAGUAUUGUUGGCUUCGGUGCAGAGCAGGUAAUAUUGGUACGAGAUGAUUUUGCUCGGAAGGAAAUUACCAAUCACGUUGGGAACCAAGCUCUUGUUCUAACUAUUGUUGAGUGCAAGGGCCUUGAAUUUCAGGAUGUAUUGCUAUACAACUUUUUUGGCUCAUCAUCUCUGAAAAAUGAAUGGAGGGUGAUAUAUAAAUAUAUGGAAGAGCAAGAUUUGCUUGACCCAACUUUACCCAUCUCCUUCCCAAGUUUCAAUGAAGCUAAACACAAUGUGUUGUGCUCCGAACUGAAGCAACUUUAUGUGGCUAUCACUCGUACCAGGCAGAGGUUGUGGAUUUCUGAGAAUUCAAAGGACCUCUGCAAACCAAUGUUUGACUAUUGGAAGAAAAAGUGUCUUGUCAACUAGAUGAUUCACUUGCUCAGGAAAUGCAGGUUUCUAGCAGUUCAAAGGAGUGGAAGUCCCGGGGCAUUAAGUUGUAUUUAGAGCAUAAGUUUGAAUUUGCAAUCACGUGCUUUGAAAGAGCUGGUGAUAUUUAUUGGCAAAGAAGGUCCAAGGCUGAGGGCCUUAGAGAAAAUGCUGACCAUAUGCGCGGUUCAAAUCUUGAAAAGG